AUGCAUAGCAUAAAAGAUACAAGUACGGAUUACCAUUGCCGAAACUGUAGAGCUAGAGACAAUGAGCAAAUGGUGCAAUGUGACUCCUGCGACCAAUGGUUUCACUAUAGCUGUGUCGGUGUUGACAGCCAAGUGGCCGAUAUUAGUUGGAACUGCGAAUCAUGCGAACACACAUCGGUCCAAAUGGCAGCAGCUUUUAUGGAACCCAAUGGGUCGAAUAACGGGGGUUCACUUGCUACGGGUCAGCCAAGAGCAUCAUCGUCACCCGAGGCGGAACAUCAAAGUCAACAGGCAAUCUUGGGCGCUCUAAGCUCAAUACCAGUUCAGUCAACGGUUAUGGUUCCAUCCAUAUACACAGCUCCGAGGAUGUCGACCACAUCGGCAAGUGUACCACCAUAUUCUACUGCAGCAUUGGAAGUGACACUACAUGAUCAAAUACGUUUUCAGUCGUCAAACAGCACGACUGAGUUAUAUACUUUGUCGAGCGCAUCAGGUUAUCCCGCAACAAUGUAUACGCAAAACACACAAUUUGGUGAGUUGACGAAUUCGGGUGAUCGUAUACCAAUCUUUAACGUGACCCCCACACCAGCACAGCUUGCAGCUAGACACUCUAUUCCGAAGCAGUUGCCUAUUUUCAGCGGCGACCCAGAGGAAUGGCCCCUCUUUAUAAGCCAAUUUGAGAAUAGUACGUCCGUUGCAGGAUAUUCGAAUGUAGAAAAUCUUAUGCGACUACAGGCAUGUCUUAAAGGCAGAGCACGAGAUUUAGUAAAAAAUAAGUUGCUUCUACCUGCUAUGGUGCCGGAGAUUAUCCAGACCCUACGUAUGUGUUGUGGCCGACCUGAACAUAUUUUGGAACGCGCAAUUAAUAAGGCCAAAAAUAUGGCGCCACUUAAAGAUAAGUUAGAAUCUUUAAUUGAGUUCUCCUUAUGCGUACAAAAUAUAUGUGCAACAAUGGAAGGUUGUAACCUGACUGCACAUCUCGUGAAUCCAUUAUUAGUAAAAGAGUUAGUGGAUAAGCUGCCAAACAGUUAUAAGCUGAGUUGGGCUAUGCAGCCAAAAGACGACCGAGUACCUAUAGUGAAGAUUUUCAGUGACUGGCUGUAUAAUAUCGCCGAGGCAGCAAGCACUGUUGUAGCACCUAUGACACACAAAUCCGGUGUAAACGUAAAUACACACACUCGCGCUGAAGAUGUCUCCGACCAUAGAAGCGAAACCAAUUCACUACCCAGAAAAUGCUGUGUAUGUAAAACAUAUGGACAUAAGCUGCCACGUUGCGAAGCCUUUAAAGUCUUGCCUCUUAAACGUAAGUGGGAAAUAGUCAAGGAACAUAGUCUUUGCCGUCAAUGUCUGGACUCGCAUCGCCGUAAAUGUUACGUAAACAAAGAAUGUGGUAUCACUGGUUGUGUUACGAACGGUCGAAAGUACAAAUUGACUGAUGCACACACAGUAGAGAGUUUAAGUCUUCCAACACAAACGAUCGAUGCUGGUGAAAUAAUGAAAAAAUAUCCAUAUUUGACUGGGCUACCAAUUGAAUCGUACGAAAAUGCCAGGCCAUCUAUUUUGAUUGGUACAGACAAUUGGAAACUUGCUGUGCCACUUAAAAUUCGAGAAGGAUCGUGGUUCCAACCUAUUGCAUCAAAAACCAGACUUGGCUGGACGCUUCAAGGAUGUCACGCUAAUCAGUCACGUGAGUUUAUGGUGAACGUUCACACUUGCGACUGCGAGAAAAGUCUCAGAAGACUGCACGAAGCUGUGAAAAAUUAUUUCAAUUUAGAAGAACCCAAGCCAAAGCAGCUUCUGUCUGCCGACGACAACAAGGCGCUAGCUAUUCUAAAUGCGUCUUGUAAGAAGGUAAGCAAUCGUUAUGAAGUUGGAUUACUCUGGCGAAACGAAGACGUCGUGCUGCCAGAAAGCUAUGGAAAUGCAUACAAACGGCUAAUGUGUCUUGAAAGGAAAUUCAACAAAGAUCCGCUUCUUAAAUCAACAAUUCAGCAACAAAUAGACAACCUAAUUUCGAAGGGGUAUGCGAAAAAGUUGUCACCUGCUGAGGCAACAAUUCAACCAAGUAAAACUUGGUAUCUACCGAUAUUCACCGUCACGAAUCCGAAUAAGCCAGGAAAAAUACGUCUGGUAUGGGACGCGGCCGCAAAAGCGAAUGGCGUGUGCCUCAACGAUUUUAUGUUCCCUGGACCUGACUUGUUGAACUCGCUCGUGGAAGUCCUAUUAUCCUUUCGAGUAGGGAGAGUAGCAGUGUGUGGUGACGUGGCUGAAAUGUUCCACCAAAUCAACAUUAGGGAAAGCGAUAUGCACGCUCAAAGAUUCUUAUGGUGGGACGAAGCCGACAAGCCGCAGCAACCCAGCGUUUAUGUAAUGCGCGCCCUAACAUUUGGCGUAAACUGCGCUCCGUGCAUUGCGCAUUUUAUACGAGACAACAAUGCCGAGCAAUUCCGACAUGAGUUUCCACGGGCAGUUGAAGCGGUGCAGCGUUACCACUAUGUCGACGACUUCAUCGACAGUGAGCGCGAUGAAGAGACUGCGCUCGAACUAGCCAAGCAGGUAAAACGCAUUAAUGCGAACGCUGGAUUUGAGGUGAGAAACUGGGUGUCUAACUCUCACAAGGUUCUACAGCAACUAGCUAGCAACAAUCCUAUCGAGCCAGCUUUGAAAGAAUGGGGUUCCACUACAAAAAUCUUAG